AAACUUUAAUAAUUUAUCAUUUUAAUUUGACAAAUACUGACACAUAGUAAGUAAGAUAUAGUUAAUGCUUCACGUUGCGCAUUAUUUCAAACGGUGUUGAAAGUGUACGGAUCUGGAAGACUCGAGAUGAAUGCUGUCUACUUAAGAGUUGUAACGCUCAUGUUAACAUGUUCAGUGGGCAUCGUGUUCUCCCAAGGAAAACAAUCGGUAUGUGCAGACAUAGUCUUUGCAAUAGAGACAUCAUGCAGCGUUGAUGACGAAACAAAGGCACUCGCAAAAUUAUUCAUAAAAGAUUUCGUGGCUCAGUUUGAUUCCGUUAAAGAAGGAAAUGUGAGUAAUGUCGCAACUCAGUUCGGCAUGAUAGCAUACGACGUCGAAGCACGCCAUGUGUUUACGUUUAAUGAAAAACUCUCCAAACUGGAAAUCUUGAACAAGAUUGAAAACUUUCAAAUGGAAACGAUCGAUUGUAAAACCCACACCCAAAAUGCUAUCAAUAUGGCGAAAACAGAUUUCUUUGAGUCAGAUGCAAACGACAAUCGCAGUCCAGACGCCUUGUUUGUUAUCACAGACGGGCGAACGCAGCCUCAGAAAUUUAUCCCAGAAACUACAUCUGCCAUCCGAGAAUUGCGAAAGACCGUACGGACAAUUGCUAUCGAGCUGCCAAACAAGAAGGGUCGCGAAUUGUUACCAGACACCCAAGAACAACUUGAAACAUUGGCAGACGAUGCGGAUCGAUUUCAACUGGAUAACGAAACAGACACAGAAGAACUUGCAUCUACAGUGUUUGAUCACUUUUUGAGUAUAAGUGAAUUCGUUUGUCCACCGGAAGACCCGGUGCAUCCAUGUCACGCGAAAUGCCAGUACACGCCCCCACCUCCCAAGACAGAACAACCUGGACUGCGUCGGUACAAACGGGUGAACGCGAUCUUGGAUUGCACAUAUGAAGAUGACUGCGACAUUCAAUUUCUCAAAGACUUUGCAGCUGAACUUGAUCGGCAACCUAAAUGCAAAAUGUAUUAUCCACUAAAGGCAGUAGCAGAGAAUCGGCUAUAUGUAGUGUAUGGCUGUGACAGCGCGGGACAUCUAGAGAAAGCACUGUUGACGAAAGAUUCUCGUUUUAAAUGCCAUGUACAGCCAGUAAUGGACUACUAUGACUUUGCGAUAUUGACACUUGGUCUCGAGAUGUCUCGAGAUAAUUUGGAGGCUAUAAUGCCAAGAGCCUCUCUAAAGUGUGAAACGCUUGUAGCUGUAUUCCGUGAGCUUAGCUACCCACCAGGUAAGACGUACGAUGAAAUCAUGUCUGCGUGGAGAGCACAUGCGAUGAUUUCGUUUUUACAGAAAGGGACACCUGAAGGUGGAAAUCGGGAAGUCUUCCAUUAUGUGGGAGAGGAAAGGGAAGUGGUUUUCCGGGUCUGGGACAAUCCAGAGCAAUUGGACUACAACGUAAUAUCCGGUGGCUGGGUGCUUCAAAAGAAUGUGACGUCAGGCAUAUCGCAUCGAUCGAGGACUUUAAUUCACUUAGACUGUAUCUGUAAUCCCGACCGCGAUAUGUACAGAUAAACAAUUGAGACAAACCGUAGAGUAGUACUAGUGAUUGUAUAUAUGUAGCUGAUGAUUGUAUACCCGAAGCUGAUGGUUGUUUACCUGCAGCUGAUCAUUGUUUACCUGCAGCCGAUGAUUGAAUGCCAGUAGCUGAUGAUUGUACAUCUACAGCUGAUGAUUGUAUACUUGAAGCUGAUGAUUGUAUACCUAAAGUUGAUGAUUGUAUAUCUACAGCUGAUAUGCACAAUCAUUGUGGCAAUAUUCGCAUUCAUUUACGACCGACGGGAGUCGAGUAAACGAAGAUGAGAAUUUAGAAAAUCCCGUUUCUCUAAUAAGUAAUAAGACAUU